AGCCACCAGCCCGGUUUUCAGCCACAUUCGCUGAUGGGUGGCUCGCUAAGCCAUGGAUGCUUGGUGCCCUGUAAUGCGGUGGAUCACACUGAGCACCUCUUCAAGCCGGCGCAGCGCGCCGUGGCCGUGCCGAGCCUGCCCAGCGGCAGAGAGGAGAGCGGGUGCUGCUUGGCCUGGUCGAUCGCCAAAGAGUGCGCCGACACGGUGCAGUCCGAGCAGCUCCUGCAGCUGCACCACCAGAUCACACUGCAGGCGAGCUACUUCCAGGCAAAGGUGCUGGCGAUGGACGCAACCAACGGGGUGCUGAGUGGUGGGAAGGCGGACUCCAUGACCCGCAUGGGCCAGUUGUUGAGCCGCUGGGCGCUCUCGCAGCAGCCGCCUCUGCUUCUUCACCUCGGGGUGGAUCUGGGGAUGCUGGCCCCGAUGAACCUCCCGGUCUCGGGGACGCAAGCCUGGCACGGCCCUUGCGCCGUAGGGGCCAAGCUGCUAAUGAGCAGCAGCCGCCGCCCGGGGAUGGUGCACAUGUCCAGCGCCGUCAAGGAGCAGCUGAGUGCUCUGCGCUUCGCGAGUAUGAUCCUGGGCCGGAGCUCGAGCUUCUACCUCGACGCCUUUACGGAGGUCUUGGAUGAGGAAGCCACCACUCCACCCCUUUCCAGCGAGAAUGGCAGCGAGAAGAUGCGGUUCGAAGACUUCUCUGCGAUGCUGGGGAAGCAGGUGGACCUGAGCCGCUUCGGCAAGGGCGCCGCCAAGACGGUGCGGCAGUUUUACCAGGAGGUGGUGGAGGAAGAGAAUAGCUACCUCGAGGUCAACGGAUCCCUGCGGCGGCACGUUGAGCUCGUCAGGAUCUCCCUGCGGGUGCGCUGCCCCUGGGGCAAGCAGCGGGAGCUGCGCAUCAAGUGCGUGGUGAGCCCGGACGGGUCGCGCGAGAGGAACCGGCCGUUGGCCAUGGCUCUCCGGGACGGCGACACCUGGCGCAGGGCGGUGCAGCGGUGUUUCCAGAACUUCGGCCUGGAGCCCGACCUGCAGCAGCUUUGCUUCAGCAUCGACCAGCAGGCCUACUCCUACGAGGAGACGGUGGCUGACUCGAGGACGGUGCCGGGGAUUCCGACGGCCUACAAGACGCACAAGAUCGUGAUCAUGGUGAAGAACCCCUCUAAGGCGGAGCUGUCCUGCCUGGGGCUGCCGGAGGGCACGGACUUCACCACCCAACUGGGCGAUGAGGAGCGGCACUGGACCUGGGCAGAGGUCACCCAGGCCAAGGGCGAGGAGGAGCUGCUGCGUUUGCUGCAGCUCCACGGCGUCGAUUGCUCGGACCCUCGGAGCUUCUGCGAGCUCCACGAGGAGGUCUACGAGAAGCGGCUCUCCCGGCUCCAGGUGGUGAGCAAUGAGCUGGUGCGGCAAGUGCGAGUGGUGAAAGUCUGGCUCUGUGCCUUCAUCCUCAACUGCAAGCACGUGCUGAUCGUCAAGACCAAGCAGAAAGAGGGCGGCGCCGCCGACGGCCAUGGCCUGCGGACGCUGUCCAUGCGCAUGGACGCGGGCCAAGACUGGGAGGUGGCGCUGCGCGAUGCUCUCUGGAAGCGUCUGGGCAUCCCGGAGCAGCUGCAGCGGGAGGAGCUAUACUGCCACCUGGCGGCGCAAACUCAGGAGGUGGAGUACUCCAGGAGCUUCCCUGGACUCAAGACCACCUACGACAUUUUCGAGGUGCACUGCGAGGUGUUGCACCCCCAGGACCAGCGAUGGCAGGGAAUCGGCCUGCCAGGCGCGCUGGACUUCACCUAUCUGCGCAAGGACCAGGUGGCGGGGCAGAUGGAGGCGGUGGUCACCCGCUGGAGCUGGUGCGAGGCCUCCAGAAGCAUCACCGCUGCGGCGGCCAGCCUCAAGCUCAGCAGCACUGAGGGGGAUGACAAGGGCCAGGUGUUGCCGCCGGAGAUUCUGCCUGUGCGCGGCUCCAGCGAACUGUUGGUGAGCCGCGUGAUGGAGGGCAGGGCCGCCGACUGGCCCCGUGCACGGAGGGCAGCGGAGCUGAUCCGGUCGCCAGAGUACUCCACGCGGGACUUUUACAAUGACGUGGUGGCCGCUUUCCCGGAACUGCGGCUCUACUCCGUGGUGCGAGUCAACGACCGAAGAAAUGACCUGGUCAUGAGCACCUCGGCGAAUCGCUCGGGCGCGGACGAGUUCCAGCGAACCAUCGGGGCGCUCUUCUGCAUCUUCUGGCUCAUGCGCACCCACUUGGACGGCAAGGAGUGCUUCUGCUUCGGCCUGAACAGCGAGUGGCAGUCGGGCAUGGAGGAGUUGAGGCAACUCCCAGAGGAAGAGACACAGUUCAAGCGCCGGAUGAACUUCUACACCAACGCCAACUGGGGCGCCAUCGAAGACCUCUUCCGCGGCGCGGGCUUAUUGCGCCCGGAGGGCGGCCAUGACACCGAGAGGACCUUGGCCAUGCUGGUCCUGAUGACGAUCCACGACAUCAUGAAGCUGGACAUCCUACGGCCCUCCGUUCUGGCGGAAGAGUUCUGUGGGUACAAGCCCGGGGACGUGAUCGGGGACCACGACCUGGCGCUGAGCUACGUGCUGGAGAGGUGCCCGGAGGCAUUGCCCUCCUUCGCGGGGCUGCUGCCGGAGCUCCAGGAGAGCAUCCGGUUCACCCACUGCAAGCUGGACUACAACAUGGGCUGGCUGGUGCAGGGCGAGGCUCACCCCGGCGCCCUCUUCCGGGCCUUUCGGAAGGUCAUUCUGUCCCAUGAGAAGGCGCGCAGCCAGCUGGACGUGGCCUUUUACUUCGUCUAUUGGUUCGCGGAUCUGGCGGGGGCGGAGGCGUCGCCGCUGACGGGCUGCGAGAAGUUCGUGCUGAAGUUCCCUCUGCACGUGCUGUCCAGCUUCAUCGACUCCUUCCCCGUGGUUUGGAAGCUGGGGCCCCACACGGAGACCGAGGUGCUGGAGAACUACUUGAUCUGGCGCUGGGGCUCGCUCCCGGCCAACCUAGGGCCCCCGCCCAAAGGCGCUGGGGCCAUUGCCAAGCUGCGCCUGGUUCUCAUGGCGCAGGGCGACUCCUUUGAGGUGAUGCGGCAGUUCAAGCAGCUUCCAAAGUCGGAUGCGACUAUCCUGAGCAAGGAGCUGGCGAUCACAGGCUGCCAGGGCCAGCACUUCCUCUGCGACGACUCGAGGGAGUCCAGGGGCCCGGCGAUCCUCGUGUACUACGCGCCGGCGCUCAUGCAGAAGGCUGGGAGGAAGGACCCCCUCGGCGCUCUCAGGAUCUUGGCGGAGGUCCUGCGCAAGGCUCGGGUCUUGUGGCCCUUGAACGAGCGCGAGGCGGAGAAGACGGUGCUGGUGCGCAUCGAUGUCCUGAAAGAGCUCGAGGUCAGCGAAAUUCUGGACCCCGCCGGAGGUGCUCAGUUCAUGUUGGUGCGGAACAGCUUGCACGACGGACAGGUGAAGUUGGGCUUCGAGCACGAAGGCUCCUCUGAGGUUCUCCGAUUCGGCCGCGAUCGCUUCUUGCCGAAGCCUCGCCACCACUCGCUCCCCAUGCCCUCCUUCCUCUCCUUCGCCACCAAAAGCGCCUGAGAAAGCUGCGACGCGCGACUUGAACACUUCGAAGGUCC